AUGCCGAUGCAAGACUUUCUGGACGACUUUCUCCCAAGAGGUAGCGAGAAAAGCAUGCCUUCCAUAAAGAACGCAUUCAAGGGCAUUCCAGAUGCGGCGUAUCAUGAACAUGAUAUUUACGCGCCUUUGGAGCAACUACUCGAGGACGUCAAAACCGCCAGUGCACUGAAGCGGGCCGUCGACGAACACUAUCUCGAAGGCAAGGUGAUUGCUGUAAAGGUCUAUGACGGUGUGGCUCCGACUCGCAGCGUCCACAGGUAUCUCAUAUCUCGACCGGUCGUGUCCCCAUUGUCUAUGGCUAGUCGGGCUACGCGCGGAUACUGGGCCGUUCGUAGCGAUGGUCAGAUUGCAUUUUUGAAAGACACUUGGCGGUAUACUGGGGAGGACUUCGAAAAGGAGGGUGGUAUCUUGGUGAACUUACACGAAGCUGAGGUUCGGAACAUACCUGAGCUGCUGCACCAUGGAGAUAUAUCCUCUCAGCCUAAAGCCUCCAUUUCAAGUAGUUCUAAGGGUAAGGAAAAGCAAUCUGCAGUAGAUUGA